AUGAGGUUAGUUGGUUUGGGGUUCAAAAGGAGAUUUCACUCAAGUUUGAAGACGCUUUCAAACUUUGAAAGUGUUCAUAUCGACAAUACAAGUAAAUACAGACAAUUAUUGAUGGAGAAGGGUAAGUUUACUGAAGAGCAAUCAAACUCGAUUGUAGGUCUAAUGGUAGAAGCUAUGCAAGGAGGAGUCACUCAUGUAUCACAAGACCUAGCCAAAAGAGAGAGACUUAAUCAGUUGUCGUACCAGCAACGUGUUGAUUUUGCAAAAUUGAGAGAUCAAUUAUUAUGUGCAGAUAGCAGCGAAUUUCACAAUUUACAAAAUGAAUACGAAAGAGUACGCACAGAUUUGGAUAAGCUCAGGAACAAGCUAAGGGAAGAAAUUACAAAGGCAAAUGCAGGAUUUAAACUGGAUCUUUCGUUAGAGAAAGGUAGAAUAAGGGAGGAAAGUAGUCACCAUGAUUUACAGAUAAAGGAGAUUGAGACCAAAAUUGAUCAAGAAGUCAACAAUAUGCGGAUGCAAAUCGAUUCUGUCAAGACGCAGGUGAUGCAAUGGCUGAUAGGUGUAUGUACCGGUACAUUCGCCCUUGUUUUGGCGUACGUGAGGUUAUUAUCUUAA